AUGUAUUGCACAGAUUUGACGAGAGGAUGGCUAGGAAAAUCGUUGGAUCGGACUGAAAAGUUUAUGAAUCGUUCUCGUGAUCUAAAAAAGCGUAUUAGUGAUUUCGGUGAUUCCACGAUUCUACCGAGACACUUUUCCGCUGUCCACUCGGGCAUCCAUCUCGACAAGGACUCUAUACCGCACUGGAUCAUCAAGCUGGCUUCCUGUGCUUGCAAAGCAGUCGGGGAUGUGUCUCUGUACCUAGAGAAUCAAUCAAUUCAAUCUGAUGCUCUUUCUGGUCUCAAGAAACCCAAUAGAUCUCUUCUUCGGCCUAUGCAGCUACCCGCGGACGGACGUACCAAGAGGAGAUACGCUCUUCUCUCCAUUUAUGGUUUCUUGAAACCCAGGACUGGCAAGCAUCUGGCAAGGCUCGUCAUAAUAUAUGUCAAACGAGACUUAACGAAGGGCGAGGACAAGCUCCCAGCUCUAUCAGAAACCGCUCAUGAAGAUUGGAAAAGUACACCCGCUGAUUUGUUUACCUUAUGGACAAAGAUUUUUUUAUCACAGCUCGUUAGGUUCGGGGGGUUUGGGAAAAUUCAACGCGGUCUCUUGGUACUUCAUGGUCAUGGGCGUCCGUUGACGGAAUAG